GCCCGCCGUCCGCUGGUGCUCGGCCGGGCCUGUGGGAGAAGCCCUCGGCGCGGCGGUGACACCUUGGGCCUCGCCGUCUCAGGGACCGAGGGCGGCUCGGGCUACCGCUGCUGUGACUGUGGUUUGAAAUCCGAUAUUUUCUUUGGUCUGUGGUUUGAGGUCUCAUUGCAGAACAAAAAUGGGAGAUGCUGAAGUAGGCAAGAAGAUCUUUGUUCAGAAAUGUGCUCAGUGCCACACAGUGGAAAAAGGUGGAAAGCACAAGACAGGCCCAAAUCUCUGGGGCCUUUUUGGACGAAAGACAGGACAAGCACCAGGAUAUUCUUACACUGAUGCAAACAAGAACAAAGGUGUUAUCUGGUCAGAAGCAACUUUGAUGGAGUAUUUGGAGAACCCAAAGAAAUACAUUCCUGGCACUAAAAUGAUCUUUGCUGGUAUCAAAAAGAGGAGUGAGAGAGAAGAUCUUAUUCAGUAUUUGAAAGAGGCAACAUCCUCAUGAAAUAGUAUUACAGCUUCAAAAAUAUUACUUACCAUUUCAAAUAUUAUGUUUAAUAAGAAGCAUACCCGAUUUUUCUCAA